AUGUCGGCAACAGCUCCAUCGCUCUUUUCGCUCAGCGGCAAGACCGCCAUCGUCACUGGAGGGACAAGAGGCAUUGGCCAGGCUAUGGCUCUUGCACUUGCCGAGGCAGGUGCUAACAUUGUCUUGAUCCAGAGAGACGAGUCCAACACAUCAACCCGCGAUGAGAUUAUAAAUCGCAUCGGUCGAGAGGCUUGGAUCCACGUGGCAGAAUUGUCCAAUCGAGAUGCAAUCAAAGGGAUUAUUCCGGCUUUGACGAGUCAGGGCAUCAAACCAGAGAUUCUGCUUAACUGUGCCGGUAUCCAGAGGCGACAUCCGAGUGAGAAAUUCCCAGAUGAGGACUGGGAUGAGGUCCUGCAAGUUAACUUGACGUCUGUCUUCACUUUGUGUCGUGAGUUUGGAGCUUAUCUUCUUGAUCGGGAUGCUUCCGAAUUCCCAUCCGGACGACGUGGUUCCAUCAUCAAUGUCGCAUCGCUCCUAUCGUUCCAGGGUGGCAUCACCGUGCCAGCAUAUGCAGCAUCCAAGGGCGGCGUUUCACAAUUGACCAAGGCUCUUUCCAAUGAGUGGAUAUCCAAGGGGAUCAACGUCAAUGCGAUCGCCCCCGGAUACAUCGCGACCGAUAUGAACGAGGCCUUGAUCAAUGACAAUAACCGCAAUGCGGGCAUCAUGGCCCGAAUCCCUGCUGGCAGAUGGGGUAAGCCCGAAGACUUCAAGGGAGUGGUCGUAUUCCUGGCCAGUCAGGCCAGUAGCUACGUUUCAGGUGAAGUGAUUUGUGUCGAUGGCGGUUGGAUGGGACGAUGA